GAUAAAAAGAAAAAGAAAUAAGCCUGUAUCAAUCUCUCUCUCUCUCUCUCUCUAUCUAUCUCUAUCUCAAAAUCCAAUAUAUUGAUUCAGAACCAGGGUUCACAGAUCCAUACAAUAAUCAAUAAUGUCAAGUCAAUCACCCUCCACUUACGAAUCAAACUCCACUUACGGCACGGUACCAACUACCUCCUCCACCACCACCACCAGACAACAGCCACUGACAACAUUCAUCACGCAAGCCAAAUCCCAGACCCAAACCCUAUUCGCCACCCGCCGCCCAUGGCGAGAACUCUUCGAUCGCCACUCCUUCUCUCGGCCUCACACCUACGCGGAUGCCAUGUCCCGCAUCAGGCGAAACCUAAACUACUUCCGAGUCAACUACGCCAUGUUUAUUUUGCUCGUUCUCUUCCUCAGCCUCAUCUACCACCCAAUUUCGAUAAUCGUCUUCUUGAUCGUGUUCGUCGCCUGGUUCUUCCUCUACUUCUUUCGCGACGACCCGAUUAUGCUGUUCAACAAGAGGUUCGAUGAUCGGCUCGUUUUGGUGGGUCUGAGUUUGAUUACUGUCAUCGCCUUGGUGUAUACUCAUGUGGGUUUGAAUGUGUUGGUGUCGUUGUUGAUUGGGGUUGUGGUUGUUGGGUUACACGGGGCGUUUAGGAUUACAGAGGAUCAGUUCUUGGAUGAGCAGGAGGCUGCUGAAGGAGGGUUGCUUUCGGUCGUCAGCGGCGAGCCAAUGCGGCCUACUCAUACUCUGGGUUGAAUUUGUUGUUGAACGAUCAUGAGUAUUGCUAAUGGUGGGACUAGGGUGACUUGGAUUCGGAUUUUGAAGUUUGGCGUUUCUAUUUCUCUGACUGUCUUUUCAAGUGCUGUUAUCAUUGGAAUGUGGUGAUGAUUUGUAAUGUGAAAUAGCAAACUGACAAUUGCUUAGUCAUGGACAGAAUUGGGCUAUACGGCAUUUUGUAGUAUCAAUAGUAGAGGUGAUUUAUCUUUUUCUUGCUAUCCGAAUUUUAUUUUUGGGAUAUGCAGGGUAGUCUUUGAACUUUGUUUUAACUAAUUGUUUUUUUGUAUAUGUUAAAGAGAAUGCUAUAUAAUGCACUUUUCUCUUGGCAGUAUUGAGUUUAGAUGUUAAUUUGUUAAGUAAAAAACCGAAAAUUGUCAUCUCAUGCUAUUAUUAAUGAGAAGCAUGCACUUGGUACUAUUGUCAA